CGAAGCUCAUAACAAUAAGACGGCAUGCACUUUAGUGGACCUUUGGUUGUGUUUACCGCUCUGCUGACUCUGGUGGUAUUUCCUGCCCUGAUUGAGGCCGACUCCACGGAGCUUUACGGGGACAUUGAGAAUCCGGGCGAGUUUGAGUCACUAAGUCUGACCCGCGAACGCCAGCAACAUCUGUGCCAUCGCGAGGUGCCCACUGUGUUUUUCCAAACCGAAAAGAGUUCCCCUGUGCGCGGCAAUGGAUCCACCAUCUUCUUCCAUCGCAUAGAGAUCUGUUGUGCGGGCUACCGCCGGGAUCCGUAUGCCCACGAUUGUGUGCCAGACUGCUCGGAAACUUCGCCGGACAACUGCCGCAAUGGCUUCUGCCGAAGUCCGGGAAACUGCGAGUGUUUCGAGGAGUUUGUUCGCAACGAGCACGGUGCCUGCAUACACACUUGUCCGAUUGCCUGUCAAAAUGGCAGGUGUUAUUUGAACGGCACCUGUGCCUGUCAUGGUGGUUUCGUCCUCGACCAGGACACCCGUCAGUUCUGCCGGCCGCAGUGCUCGCAGGCAUGUGGUACACACGAGGAGUGUGUGGCCCCCAACCAGUGCGACUGCUCCCCCGGUUACCGAAGAACCCCGGACCUAGGAUGUCAACCAGUUUGUGCUCCGGACUGCGGAUUUGGCAAGUGCGUGGCGCCCAACCAGUGCGAGUGCUUCGCCGGAUUCAUAAAGCGUCCCAACCGGAAUGUCUGUGAGGCGGAGUGCUACCUAAACUGCGAGAACGGAUUCUGUGAGUCGAUAUACAAGUGCCACUGCCGUGAAGGAUACCGCUACGACCUGAACACCACCAGCUGUCUGCCGCAGUGCAGCGACAAUUGUGGCCAGGGAAAUGGAGUGUGCAUUGCACCAGGAGUUUGCCGCUGCUUUGCAGGAUACGAGGCCCACGGCAGCGAGUGUCGGCCCAAGUGUGAGAGAUCCUGCGGCAAAUACGGUCGGUGUCUGAGUCCCGAAGUCUGCGGUUGUGGCCAGGGCCAGCAGCAUUGCCUGAACGGAAGGUGCGACGAUGUGGGCCAUUGCAGCUGUCCUGCGGGCGAAACGCACACCAUCGAUCGCUGCUGGAAGCCAGACCAUUUUGGCGAGCAACUGUACACCAGCGAGAAGAGAAAGCAUUUCAACAGCCAGCUAGCUUACGAGUUCAAUGCCCUGAUCGGACGUCUAUUUAAUUUCAACUGAGAAAAAACAAUAAAAACUGUGAGUCCUACUUA